GUUUCCUUCCUCCUUCCAGGAGCUUUAGGCUGAGACCCCAAAAGCCUGGGUGCAAGUUGAGGACUGGACCAGACUCCCCCAUCCCCGCAGAGUCCAGGAUGCCCCUCGGCUGCAGAGGCUCCUGAUCUCAUGGAGCCCUCGACCACCUCAGGGGCCCAGCCUGGGGUCCCCACUGGCAGUGGGGAGCCAUCCCCCAUGCCUCCAGACUACGAAGACGAGCUUCUGCGCUAUCUGUGGCGUGACUAUCUGUACCCGAAGCAGUAUGAGUGGGUUCUCAUCGCAGCCUAUGUGGUCGUGUUCCUUAUAGCCCUGGUGGGCAACACCCUGGUCUGCCUGGCAGUGUGGCGAAACCACCACAUGAGGACGGUCACCAACUACUUCAUUGUCAACCUGUCCCUGGCUGAUGUGCUGGUAACGGCCAUCUGCUUGCCCGCCAGCCUGCUGGUGGAUAUCACUGAGUCCUGGCUCUUCGGCCAUACCCUCUGCAAGAUCAUCCCCUACCUUCAGGCCGUAUCGGUGUCAGUGGCAGUGCUGACACUCAGCUUCAUCGCCCUGGACCGCUGGUAUGCCAUCUGCCACCCACUGCUGUUCAAGAGCACUGCCCGGCGUGCCCGAGGCUCCAUCCUGGGCAUCUGGGCCGUGUCACUGGCUGUCAUGGUGCCCCAGGCUGCUGUCAUGGAAUGUAGCAGUGUGCUGCCCGAGCUAGCCAACCGCACCCGGCUCUUCUCUGUGUGCGACGAACACUGGGCAGAUGAACUCUACCCCAAGAUCUACCACAGUUGCUUCUUCAUCGUCACCUACUUGGCCCCGCUCGGCCUCAUGGCCAUGGCCUAUUUCCAGAUCUUCCGCAAGCUCUGGGGCCGCCAGAUCCCCGGCACCACCUCAGCCCUGGUACGGAACUGGAAGCGGCCCUCAGACCAGCUGGAGGAGCAGGGCCAGGGCCCCAGCACCGAGCCCCAGCCCCGGGCCCGCGCUUUUCUGGCUGAGGUGAAGCAGAUGCGAGCUCGGAGGAAGACGGCCAAGAUGCUGAUGGUGGUGCUGCUGGUCUUCGCCCUCUGCUACCUGCCAAUCAGCGUCCUCAAUGUCCUCAAGAGGGUGUUUGGGAUGUUCCGCCAAGCCAGUGACCGAGAAGCUGUCUACGCCUGCUUCACCUUCUCCCACUGGCUGGUGUACGCCAACAGCGCUGCCAACCCCAUCAUCUACAACUUCCUCAGUGGCAAAUUCCGGGAGCAGUUUAAGGCUGCCUUCUCCUGCUGCCUGCCUGGCAUGGGUCCCUGCAGCUCUCUGAAGGACGCCAGUUCCCGCUCCUCUACCAGUCACAAGUCCCUGUCUUUGCAGAGCCGUUGCUCUGUCUCCAAAGUCUCCGAGCAUGUGGUACUCACCAGUGUCACCACGGUGCUGCCCUGAGCCCGAGGGCCACCCUGGAGGGUCUGGGACAAGCAGCUGAUUCCUGCCUGUGCCGCUUCUCUGGCUCCUGGGAUCUCCCCUUGGAAAGGCUGCUGGCUGCAGUGAAAGGCUGAUGCUCCAGUGCUGAUUUUGCUGCCUGUGUGACUGAGCAAGUGAUUCUCCCCUCUGAGCUUAUGUCCUCUAAGCAGGGUGGAUGUGAAGCUUAAGCAUGCCCAAGGAAGUGGAAAGCUCUUUGUAAACUGUGAAGUGCUGUGGAUAUGGUUACUAGUGUACUUCUCUUGCUUGGCCAUACCUGACAGUACUGCCUGCCCUCUUCAUCUUCAAUGUUGGCCUUCCUCCCAAAGACCCUUCUCCUUCCUGCCAAUUAUAGACCCUCCCUGGCAUCUGCCAUAAAGGUCCCCGCAGCAUUUCCAUCUGGCUCAGAGGCUCCCUAAUGCCCAAGGCUGCACUUGGCCAGUUGCCCUGAUGCCUGUGUGAACUAAGCUGGGCCCAGCCCUCCAGUGAGGCCACACGCACAGCCCAGCCUCACCAGGCUCUGAGUGCACGCACAAUAGGUUGGACCCUGUUGGCUUUGCGUUGUGAUAAAACACUCUCCACACAGUCAUUCAGCAUGGAGGCCAGCAGCCCAAAGCAAUCGUAAUUAAAAGCCUGGUACUGAA